CCGCCACGUGUACUAGGGGCCCGCCGGAAGGCGAAGGCCGGCGCUGACUCGGCGGGCGUGUGAGGCGGGGAGGCGGCCGGGGCUGCGUCGCCAUGGAGCGGGACGGGGAUCAGCUGUCCGCGCGGCCCGCCCUGGAGACCGAGGGGCUGCGUUUCCUUCACGUCACGGUGGGCUCCCUGCUGGCCACUUACGGCUGGUACAUCGUCUUCAGCUGCAUCCUUCUCUACGUGGUUUUUCAGAAGCUUUCCACCCGGUUGAGGGCGUUGAGGCAGAGGCACUUAGAUCAAGCUGCCGCUGCUCUGGAACCUGAUAUUGUUGUUAAACGGCAGGAGGCUUUAGCAGCUGCUCGUUUGAAAAUGCAAGAAGAAUUGAAUGCACAAGUUGAAAAACAUAAAGAGAAAUUAAGACAGCUUGAAGAAGAAAAAAGGAGACAGAAGAUUGAAAUGUGGGAUAGCAUGCAAGAAGGAAAAAGUUAUAAAGGAAAUACAAGAAAGCCUCAGCAGGAAGAAGACAGUCCUGGGCCUUCUACUUCAUCAGUCAUCCCGAAACGAAAAUCUGACAGAAAGCCUUUGCGAGGAGGAGAGGGGUUUUCUCUGGCUAGGUGCCAGCAGAGGCAGAGGUGUGGAAGCCCGGCCAACCUCUUGGAGGACUGAGGGGAGUCUGUGAAGCUUGUGAGCUCUGUGAAGCCGGGACACAAGGUUACAAUCCUUUGUCUGGUGAAGGUGGUGGAACCUGCUCCUGGAGACCUGGACGCAGAGGACCCUCAUCUGGUGGAUGAGGCUAAGAAUCUUGUUAGUGUCACUUUUGACAUUAGCAAGAUGAAUCCUUAAUCCUCAACUCAAUUGCCUUACGCAUGCUUUUCACAGUGAUUGGCCAGGGGGAGGGGCUUUCUUUCUGUUCUUAACUAUACUGAUGACUUCAAGGGUUGAAGGCAGCAUAGGGUGUGGACAUGGCCACUAGACAGUAAUUGCAGUUAGUCACACUGCACUGAAGCCAGUGACUGGUCAUUGAUUUCACAGGUCGUGUUAGUUGGUAGCUAAGGGCUUCCAGGUGAUUGGUGAUCUUGAUAAAAGAGACCUGGCAAUGAUCCUUCAAGUUAAGAGGUCCUUGCUGGUAGGACAGUCUCUGUGACAGCUUGCGUUGAAUGAUGUCUUCCUUGUAAAUGGUGAACCCACCAGCAAGGAUUACUGAUGCAGACAGUUGAUGGGGUGGUUCUGUAAAUUUAUAUGUACAGAACUGUAAAAAAAAAAAAAAAAGACUGUAAAUAUUAAAAAAUGCAGAGAACAUUUUCAGUAUCUUUAUUAAAUUUAAGGAAAUUUCUUUAUGAACUUGAA